AACAAAAAUUCCUAGCUCCCUUAUAUAGACCUGAGAUAUUCUUAUUAAAGCCAACCAUAGCUCAUUCUCAGUCCAUACGGUUCCAUAAGGAGAUAGGAUGUCUUGGAUUGUAAUAAUAUUCUUUCUCAGCCUUGCAUUUAAUAGCCUUUCAGAGGCUGGCCAUGAGAAGAAACUUCCAUCUGCCAUUGUUGUUGGCAGUGUCUACUGUGACACAUGUUUCCAGGAGGAUUUCUCAAAGUCCAGCCACUUCAUAUCAGGUGCAUCUGUGGCUGUAGAAUGCAAGUAUGGGACUUCAAAACCAAGUUUUCAUAAAGAAGUGAAAACAGAUCAGCAUGGAGAAUUUAAAGUGCAUUUGCCUUUCUCAGUAAGCAAACAUGUGAAGAAAAUUGAGGGAUGUUCUGUGAAAUUGAUCAGCAGCAGUGAGCCUUAUUGUGCUGUGGCCUCAACAGCAACUUCAUCUUCACUCCAUCUCAAGUCAAGAAAGCAAGGGACUCACAUAUUCUCUGCUGGGUUUUUCACCUUCAAACCAUUAAAGCAGCCAAACCUAUGUAACCAAAAACCAAGCAUUCAAAAUUCCAAGGAAUUGGGUUCCAAUAAACUCUCACUUCCUCCUACUGAUGGUCUAGAUUUUCCACCUCCAAUUCAAGACCCAACAAGCCCAUAUCUCCCCCCUCUUCCUAAACUGCCUGAGCUUCCACCAUUGCCACUACUCCCUCCUCUCCCAAACCUUCCAGGACUUCCAUUUCCACCACCUAAUCUAGGAAAGACUACAAACUCAAAACCUACUACUACUGAAUCCUUAAAGAAAACUCAGUUACAAGAUGAAAAGGAAGCCCACCCAGAUGAUCUCUUUCCACCACUUUUAACACCAGUUUUACCCCCAAUUCAAGACCCUACAAGCCCAUAUCUUCCCCCUCUUCCUAAAUUGCCUGAGCUUCCACCAUUGCCACAACUCCCUCCUCUCCCAAACCUUCCAGGACUUCCAUUUCCACCACCUAAUCUAGGAAAGACUACAAACUCAAAACCUACUACUACUGAAUCCUUAAAGAAAACUCAGUUACAAGAUAAAAAGGAAGCCCACCCAGAUGAUCUCUUUCCACCACUUUUAACACCAGUUUUACCCCCAAUUCAAGACCCUACAAGCCCAUAUCUUCCCCCUCUUCCUAAAUUGCCUGAGCUUCCACCAUUGCCACUACUCCCUCCUCUCCCAAACCUUCCAGGACUUCCAUUUCCACCACCUAAUCUAGGAAAGACUACAAACUCAAAACCUACUACUACUGAAUCCUUAAAGAAAACUCAGUUACAAGAUGAAAAGGAAACCCACCCAGAUGAUCUCUUUCCACCACUUUUAACACCAGUUUUACCCCCAAUUCAAGACCCAACAAGCCCAUAUCUUCCCCCUCUUCCUAAAUUGCCUGAGCUUCCACCAUUGCCACUACUCCCUCCUCUCCCAAACCUUCCACCAUUGCCACUACUCCCUCCUCUCCCAAACAUUCCAGGACUUCCAUUUCCACCACCUAAUCUAGGAAAGACCACAAACUCAAAACCUACUACUACUGAAUCCUUAAAGAAAACUCAGUUACAAGAUGAAAAGGAAGCCCACCCAGAUGAUCUCUUUCCACCACUUUUAACACCAAUUUUACCCCCAAUUCAAGACCCAACAAGCCCAUAUCUUCCCCCUCUUCCUAAAUUGCCUGAGCUUCCACCAUUGCCACUACUCCCUCCUCUCCCAAACCUUCCACCAUUGCCACUACUCCCUCCUCUCCCAAACAUUCCAGGACUUCCAUUUCCACCACCUAAUCUAGGAAAGACCACAAACUCAAAACCUACUACUACUAAAUCCUUAAAGAAAACUCAGUUACAAGAUGAAAAGGAAGCCCACCCAGAUAAUCUCUUUCCACCACUUCUUCCGCCACUUUUUCCACCACUUUUACCACCAAAUCCAUUCCAGCCAUCUCCUCUUAUUCCUAACCCUUUCCAGCCACCUCCUCUUAUCCCUAACCCAUUUCAACCUCCACCAGCACCAUUGUUACCUUCCCCACCAGCAGGUCCAGCACCAUUGUUUCCUUUUCCACCAAUACCAGGUCUCACUCCAUCACCACCACCACCAGCUCUGCCAUUCCCUUUCCCUCCAAUAGUUCCUCUCCCACCUAUCCCUCGCAUCCCUGGCAUCCCUCCUGCUCCUUCUUCAAAGCAAAUUAGUUCUCCUUGAUUAAUCAGAAUCUAUCCAGCAUGUACAAUUCUUCAAUAAUAGCUUUCACAUGUUCUUCACUUUGUUUCAUGUAAAUUAUAAUAUAUAUUUGUGGAUUUGCCAGAACAAUGAAGUUGGAUGUUUGUGGAGCAUGUAGUGUGUCUACUGUCAGUGAGUAAGGAGAAAUAAAUACUAAAUUGUUGUAUUAUUGUAAUAAAGCUAAGGUUUCUGUCAA